UUCUACAGUUUUCACCGCAGUGCCUUGACGUUAACGUUGUCUAGAGUUUACGAAUAAUUUUUAAUGUUUUAAAAAAUCAAUCAUGUCCCAGUCACAAUCACACACGCAUAGAACUAGUAUUAGUCAACACUCGAGAUCUGUGAGUCACUUCAUACAAGAUUUAGACGAGUUGACCGAUACGGAGCUGAUAAAACUAGUCAACGAUCUGAAGCACCAAAUAAAAGUUCUAAAUUUGGAAAACGAAAUUUUCGAAAGAACCAUAAUUAGACUGGAGCCAUCGUUGAUGCAUGGUAUCCAACAGGCGUUGGAAUACGCCCAUAAACUCCAAAGCAGCUCAUCCAUGAACGUUGGGAGUUUUGUCAAGUCGCAGACUUCUAGAAUCGGAGGCCUGGAUUCGCUUACGAGUCCGUCAAGAAUGCUGACAAGUCCGUCAAAAGUGUCCACAAGACGGGUCGAGUCGUCUGUUAAACUUGGUGGUACGAUCAUAUUCGGGACCGGUCCAAGGAUUAACGUGUUGGAGAGAUCCGAACUUGUGUCUUCCGAAAUGGAGAUCCUAAUUCACAAUUUAGAAAAAGCAAGAAAUAAAGCCUCAAAACAACAAGCACUGUUAAAGGCUCAACUUGAAGAGAUCGGUAUAAGAGUGAACGAUAUAGUCAAAGCUAAUGAAACAUUCAACGAAGAAGUGAUAAUUGAAGGCUGGGAUAAAAUAGCUCAAAGGAUCCCAGCUGAAAUAUGGAUAAGAUUUAUGAUGGAGUGGCUGAAGAUUUGUGAUAGUCAAAUAGGCAAAUUGAGACUUAGGACUAGCACACUGAAUGCACAAUUCAGUAAACUGAAAAGCCAGAUAAAAGUAAAAUCCGAAUUGAGCGAGAGUCUAAGAGCUGUAGAUUUCCAGAAACUUAAAAUAGAAAACAACGAGUGUGUUAACAUAAUUGAUAAGAAAUUACAACAGUUGAGUGAAUUGAAAAAGAUGACCGGGGAUGCAAAUUUAAAUUUGACGAUACAUAAAAAAGCAAUGAUGGAACAGAACACUUACUUAACAAAUAUAAUUAAUACUAUAAGAAAGAAAGAGAAAUUGACUAUGGAAUUAGAUAAAGAGAGAGAAAAGAUACAAAUACAAGUGGACAGUUUGGUGAAGAAGCUUGAUGAAGUGAAGACAAUAAGGCAGGCAUACGAAGUACCAGAUAUAAUGGAUUACGUAUGCGUCAAGUCUGAAGUGACUGAUUUGAAACACAGUAUCAAACUACUGGAGAAUAGAUCACACAUACAGCAAAUUGCUUUGACUUCGCUCAAUAAAAAAUUAAAUUCAAUGUCCGUAAAAACGUAACUAUUUGUCAUUGUUUGUUAUUUCUUAAUUUUGCUAAACUGUUUCGUUUUAAUACUAUA